GAAAAAUAGAUGCACUUCUGCUGCAACGGACAAGAAAGCCAGAAAGACUUGCGUACCGGAAGAAUAAAGAAACUGAUGAAGAAAGAAGUCCUCGUAAGCGUAGUGCAGUUUUGUUUCAUAUGGUAGAAGAUCAACAUGAUCACCACAGCACUCGCCAUUUUUCGCAGUAUAAUGUAAAAAUUCAACGAGCCGAUUGAUGUUCAAAAAUCAAACGUCUGUCAAACUUGAAUCGAAAAGCGCAGAACCUCUACUCUGGUGACUAACGUGUAAUUAUUUCGCCAUGCCGCCCAUUACGGCCGCCGAGCAAAGCAGCCACAGCCACCGACGGCCCCAUUGGGCGGGCAUGCCGGUGAGGAAGGAAAACGACAAAGCAGACAACCACCACGCAACCGACCACCACUCCAGUCAUUUCCGCGAUCGUCAUGGAAACUCCUCUUCCCUCCACGGAAGUAGUAGUGGCUCUUACCAUCACAACCUCAACCGCGGCAGGUUCGGGCGGUUUUCCUGCACGCGGAAUUACGCCGGAAGUUCUGCCAGUAGCUCCUCCUCCUCUUUCGGCCGUGCCCACGGGAAGCACGGUGGGAAGGGAAACACUGGGAGAAGUGCAACAAGUAGCGGGCAGCUCUAUUUCGAUAAGUACGAGGAGAGCAAACUGCUUACCAAGUACCUCCGGUACCAGAUGCGGCAAAGGGAGCACAAGGAAAACACCAGCAACUGGGUCUUCUGGAAAGCCCUCCCCGGGGCGAACAAUCGGUUCACGAUGACGCAACUCAUCGAAAUUUGCAAGGAAGAUUCACUCCAUCUGGAAUACCGUGUGCUCGGGCCGCACGGCAACGAUGAAACCGGGAAAGAGGGAGUGGUGGGCACAAAAAAUUGUGAUCAGGAUGGCGUUUCCUGUCCAUCUUCCCACGGGGCGAGCAAGGGAAAGAGAAGCGGGAACCGGCGCCGAGUCUUCAGCAUGACCGCGGUGGGUGGGGUCGAUAUUGACGUUGCGAAUAGAAAUUUUGGUGGUGGAACUGGAAGUUGUAGUAGACCCGGUGGUACUAGUGGUGGCGAAGAUCUGCAUGGAGGGCCACUACAUCAACCACAGUUGACCGCAAGAACAGCUCCCUUGUCUUCCAGUGAUGUCGUCAUACCCCCAACAUCAAUGAUGGCUGUUGAGCAGGAGGACCGCGACUGUGAAAUGCGCGACGGGAAUGCUUCGGACCAGGCGACUGCCGGUUCGGUCUCGUCUGCCUCGUCGUCCUUAUGAAAAGGAAAAAUCCCCCCUCCCCAUAUCAAAAAGGAAAUCUGUGAUGCUAGAUUUGCGUACACAAAUCAGAUUUGUAUUGCAGGAAGGCAUUGCGACCAGAUCCCCAGGCUAGCUAGGGGCGUAUGGGUCUAGUAGUUCAGCAUUGCAUCAAGCGGCUGACUUUUAGGCCCAACAGCAUGACAAAUCGCUUCCAUAAUGGGGCGGAAGCUUCUGCCCUUGCCUUCUUGCAAGACAGAUGUGAUUUGUGGCCUCAAAUCAGCAGCGCAAAUUUUCGGAAAGAUGCCUUUUCGAUAUGGGAAGGGGGGACUUUUCCUCUCAAUAUUCCUCGUUGUUUCACGAAAACCCAGUGUCCGGGGGCCGGCGACAUAAAACACCGGCGCCUGAUAUCAUUUCUUACCCGCCCGCCGGGGUGUACGUCCGGUCGGUGUACCGAGGCAAGGACAACGAGUUGAAACCGGAAACGGAAAGCUUGGACUAUUGGCGGGGGUACCCCUGGACGAUGAGCAAGGUGGAAAUUGUGGGAAAUAACGCACCAGCUGUAGCUCCUGCCUCUAGGUCGUCGUCGUGCCAUUUGACUGUUGGUGGUGGUGGUGCGGGUAGCUCGGUCAACAUUUGUUCUGCUGGCAAUUAUGGCGCGGAUGUCAUCGGGCAGGGUAGUAGUUCCUCCUCUACUUCAGGCCCGAUGUACUGCUCUGAGGAAACGAAAAAGCCGCCGGCGAUUGUGAAAACGAAGAGUGAAGUGGUAUAACACAGAUACGCCUACACGUUUUUUACGGGCUUUCGAAAAUGUUCUUUUCUGAGAUCUGUGGCUCAUGGAAGAUGUAACGGUAACUUUUGUUCAUGUUGAUGAUCCAGAUGCAGCAGCUAAGUAUGAUCAUGAUGCAUGAUUUUCUAGGAAUUGGCUGCUUAAUAGUCUUUCGCAUGAUUUCUAAUCUCGAAAAACAAUUUCCCUUCAGGUCAAGCGCCUGGACGAUGUAACAAUGACCGAUACGGAUACAAAUCUGGUAUCACAGCGCAAAAUUUAUUUGUCGUCAGAGUCAAGAACGAUUUGCAUUUGUCUUAUGCAGUUUUGCUUUCAUUGCACUUUGUGUGUAUAGUUGUCGAAAGACGAAGUAAUACUGGUGGUUUUGCAUGAGAAAUGGGUUGCUUGGCUCGAAU